AUGAAGAAGACGGAGAGGACAAGAGAGAUGCGCCAAGCGGACUCUGGGAUGGGCCAAGAAGUGGGCUGGGCCUGCGAUUCGCAGCCCGUGAAACCCAACGCUUAUUGGGUUAAAUCUAUGAUCUAUGUGUUUUCUAAGGAUAAAAAUGUUCUAAAAGAAUCAGAUGGGUUAAAUUUGCUUGCGGCGCUGAACCAGAUGUACAAUCUACAGGGGGAUCAGUGGCACUUGUUGAACACUGCCCACAUUGUUCUGUUACCAAAGAAGAACGAAGCUGCCGAUGCAAAGGAUUACAGACCGGUCAGCCUGAUGCAUAGUGUUGCCAAGAUCCUUUGCAAGUUACUCGCCAACAGACUUGCGCCUGAGCUGCAGAAGCUUGUGUCGAGCGGACAAAGUGCCUUCAUCAAAAAAAGAUCGAUACAGGAUAAUUUCCUGUAUGUCAAGAAUGUCGUAAAGGAGGCGCACUCCAAGAAGUCCCCUAUGUUGUUCCUUAAGCUGGAUAUUGCUAAGGCAUUUGAUUCUCUGAAUUGGGGAUACCUUCUGCAAGUUCUGAAGCACAUGGGUUUCGGUCAAAGAUGGAGAGACAUCAUCGCUUUGCUUCUGGCAUCUUCCUCUUCCAGAGUUUUGCUUAACGGCUGCCCGGGUAAUCCUUUCUUCCACCGCCGAGGGCUGAGGCAGGGAGACCCCCUCUCCCCUAUGUUGUUCAUCUUGGCGAUGGAACCCCUACAGCGGCUGCUUGAAAAGGCGACAGCGGACAGUGUGCUUUCCCCUUUGACGCUCAGGGCUGCUAGGUUGAGGGCCAGCUUCUAUGCGGACGACGCAGCUUUGUUCCUUAACCCCUGCAAGGCUGAUAUCACUGCUGUUCACCACAUUUUACAGCUUUUUGGGGAUGUAUCCGGGCUGAGAACCAGCUUUCAGAAAUGUGUGGCCUACCCAAUUGCUUGCGCUGGUUUGGAUGUUGAUGAGAUCCUCCAGGACUUUGGAGGAACAAAAGGAGAGCUGCCGUGUAAUUACCUUGGACUGCCUCUUGGGCUGAGAAAACCUAGGCGUAUCGAGGUUCAACCCUUGUUUGAUAGGGCUGUCGGGAGGCUCAAAGGUUGGAAAGGGAAAUUGAUGACCCGGAAGGGGAGAUUGACUCUGGUCAAUAGUGUGGUGACGGCCACAGCUACUUACUUCCUCACUAUCUUUCCAGCUGAGAAGUGGAUGAUAAAAAAGUUUGACAGGCUGCGCAGGAACUUCCUUUGGAACCCAGAUGAUGAGGCUCGAGGCGGCAAGUGUUUGGUCAAUUGGAAACGCAUUUGUGCUCCAACGAUGAAUGGUGGGCUGGGCAUAAAAGAUCUGGAAGCUUACAGUAGAGCCCUCAGGUUAAGAUGGGAGUGGUAUAGUUGGGACGCACAAGAUCGUCCUUGGAAGGGUACGCCAACGCCCUGUGACCGAACCGACAAGGCUCUGUUCGCUGCCUGCACCACUAUCUCCAUUGAGAAUGGGGAAACGGCAAAGUUCUGGGCGGACAGUUGGCUAUUUGGGCAGGCGCCGGCUGUCUUGGCACCUUUGCUCUUCAAGUUGGCGUCUAGGAAAAACCUGACUGUGAAGGGAGCUAUGGCAAAUGAUCGAUGGAUGAGGGGUUUGCAAAGGAUCAAUUCUGAAGAGCAAAUGGAUCAGUUUGUGCAGCUUUGGUCUCUUAUCCAGUCCAUCUCUCUUUCUGCUGACAGAGACAUGAUCUCGUGGAAGUUAACAACCGAUGGUUCCUACUCGGCCAGCUCGGCUUAUUCCAUCCAAUUCUGCUCCAGAUUACCGAUGCCGGAACUCAACAGUGUUUGGUCAAUCAAAGUCCAGGGAAAAGUGAAGUUCUUCUUCUGGCUCUUUUUGCAAAAUAGAUUGUGGACGGCUGACCGUCUGUGCGCCAGAGGCUGGCCCCAUGAUGACAAGUGCAGCCUAUGCGAUCAGGAGAUGGAGUCGGCAUACCACCUGGCCUUCCAAUGUCCUUUUGCAAGAGAGGUAUGGCUCCUUUUCCAUGGCGACUCGCCGGCCAUGGUGCAACGUGCUGCUGAUGCCACUGAGGUUUGCUCUUGGUGGGAUUCUUCACGACACAGUGGCACCAAGGAUCAGAGAUUGCAUGAGCUACCGAUUGCAAUUUAUGUUAUUUGGCACAUCUGGAAGGAGAGAGGAAGGAGGAUCUUCCAGAAUAAAGUGGCAACAGCUCCUGGAGUGGCGUCUUUGAUCCGGGCUGACUUGAUGUUGUUGAGCCUGGCUGUGUAG